AUGACGGCGGUUGGCCGAACUUCUAUAAGAUGAAGAGGCCUGUAUGAUCGACAAUUUGUCUAUUCCUCCUCAAGUUUCAAUACAGAUCUGGGGCUUCACUUGACACGUAUCAUGGCCUCCACAGUAGAUCAUGCUCCCGAGAAGAAGGAUAUCGCCGGCGCAAACUAUGUCGAACGCGUUGAAACUCACGACAAUGACCUUGCCCUGGCAAAGGUAGAGGCUGAUGCGAAGCUUGAUGCGUUCGGUGCUCGCAGCAAGACAAACCCCGCGGAAAUCGCCUUGGUGAAGAAGCUCGAUCGAACCAUCCUCCCCAUGCUCUGGAUCAUGUACUUCUUCAACUUCCUCGAUCGCAAUGCGCUUGUCAACGCCAAGCUCAACUCACUGGAUGCGGACUUGGGCCUCAAGGGCACCCAGUACAACACGCUGAUUUCAAUCCUGUUUGUUGGAUACAUCGCGGGACAGAUUCCAUCGAACAUGAUUCUCAACCGAGUUCGCCCAUCAUGGUACCUAGGUGGUUUCUGCAUGGCCUGGUCAAUCGUGUGUCUGGCGACUUUCAAGGCAACGAAUUUCGGAACCAUGCUUGCCUGCCGCUUCUUCCUUGGAGUAACUGAGGCUCCUUUCUACCCUGGUGCUCUCUUUUUGCUGUCGCUCUUUUACACCAAGAAGGAGAUCGCUACCCGCAUGGCCAUCUUCUACACCGGUAACAUGAUCGCUUCUAGCUUCGCUGGCCUGAUCGCUGCCGGUGUCUUCGCUGGACUUGACGGAACUCACGGCCUCGCUGGAUGGCGCUGGCUCUUCCUCAUUCAGGGCGCUCUUUCAAUCGGCGUGGCAUGUGUCUCAUUCUUCCUCCUUCCCGAUCACCCCCUCCAGACUCGCUGGCUGAGCGAAGCCGAACGCCAGCUCGCCCACAACCGCAUUGCCGCCGACACCACGCAGCGCGAGGAAGCCACCAGCGUCUGGGUUGGUCUGCGCCAAGCGCUCGCCGACUGGCGCACCUGGGUCUUCUGCCUCAUGUACAACACUCAUAUUUCGUCCGUCAGCUUCCAGAGCUUCCUGCCCACCGUCGUGCGCACCCUCGGCUACAACACCACCACCACGCUCGCGCUCACGUGCCCGCCUUACCUCCUCGCUGCCGCCAUGGCCAUCGCUAUGAGUUACACAUCUGGUCGCUACAACGAGCGCACCUGGCACAUCACCGUGUGCAAGUGCAUCAUCAUCGUCGGCUUCAUCAUUCCUGCCGUGACGACCAACAUCGCCGCACGCUUCGUCGCCAUCUUCAUCUUCGUCACGUUCUCCUUCGGCAUCAACAACAUCAUGCUCGGCUGGACCAGUGUGACGCUCGGCCAGACGCCCGAGAAGAAGGCGGUUGCGCUCGCGCUGUGCAACUCGCUCGGUAACAUGAGCAGUAUCUACACUCCGUACUUGUGGCCCAGCACGGACAACCCGCGCUUCUUGAAGGCGUGGAUGGCCAGCAUUUCGUUCUCGGCGGUUGCGGUGCUGUCAGUGUGGAUUAUGCGAAUCAGUUUGCAGCACAAGAACAAGAAGAUGAGGCAGUCGAACCCGGAGACGUUGGUGUUCUACGUUUAUUAGACGAUCUCGUGGGCGAGACGCACAAGAGGUAGUACUCUUAGCCUGGACACGUCUAGAUUUCAUGCACAGCAAAUUCGAUUUUACAUGCUCUUCCAGUUGGCUCCAGCUAAGGAACGUGAUGUUCAACGUCGACUUUUUGUCCUUGUCCUCAUCCUUCGGGAUCGAAAUGUUAUCCUAGCCCUCUGGGCCCUCUGAAGUCCCAGGUGAGUAUUCCAGCCUCUGAGUUCUAAAAACCCCUAAGUCUCCAUAGUCGGCUCCAGUGUCAGACAAUUCACUCUUAUCAAUAGAACUAGACAAAGAGCGCUGCCUUCUGCAAGUCAGUUGAGAGGGUGCAAAGGUUUCGUGUGACUGACCUGAACUUGCCUGCACUCAAUCGUGCUUUGGGGUCAAUCUGCAGCAUUUGUUCCAAAGCCUUUAAGGAC